AUGUUUACUAUUCACUUUAUAAUUAAUUUUUUAAUAAUUUUUGCUUUUUCUAUAAUUGCUACUAUUAAUAUAACUAUUGAAACUUCAACUUUAACAACUAGUACAAUAAAUGACAAUAAUAAUACUGAUACUAUAAAUAAUCUUUCUUCCAGUACUAUCAAUUCUAAUACAACUUUAAUAGGGGAACAAAAUGUUACAAAGACAACAACAACAUACUUAGAAAAAUGUGAAGAUACUACUUUUAAAAAUGGAUUAACUUGUGAUUCUAUAAAACAAUUAUGUGAAAACAUAGAAUACAAAGAAGUCAUGAAGAGAAAAUGUCCAAAAACUUGUGGUAUAUGCUAA